AUGGCAUCUUGUCUGACCCUGCACAUGGCGCUGCUGCUCAUCUCUGGGGUCCUAGCCCCUGCGGUACUCACAGCAGAGGGUCCCCAGGUGCCCAAUCCCACCCUGUGGAACGAGCCCGUUGAAUUGGCGUCAGGUGAAGGUCCUUUGGAGAGCACCAGCCACAGCCAGGAACUCGCAGCCUCAGGCCCGCCAUUCCCCACCUCUGCCCCAGGACCAGAGGACAACAGCCCUCCUGCGGGGGUGGAUCAGGACGGAGGAUCGCUUGGGCCUGGCGCCAUUGCAGCCAUCGUGAUCGCCGCCCUUUUGGCCACCUGCGUAGUGCUGGCGCUCGUGGUCGUUGCGCUGAGAAAGUUUUCUGCUUCUUGA